ACAGUUGGUGCGUUUCAGAUCAUCAACAAUGUUUUCUCUUAGAAAUCUUCCUUCCCUUGCACCAUUUGUCUCAGCCUACGCAUCAUUGACGGGAUACAUCAUGAUGAUCAAACCAUUUAUUGAGAUGACAAUUCCACCUCCGUUACAAAACUACAUCAUCUCUAAUCUCAAUUCUUUCUUGCACUCUACUCCAUCGACUCUCACGCUCAUCAUCGACGACCAGAUCAAAAAUGGGAUGUUCAACGAGCUCUACGGGGCUGCUCAGGUUUAUCUCUCUACCAAGAUCAACUGCAACGCGGCAAGGCUUAGGAUCUCUAGAGACCGCAGUGAGAAAAACGUCAAUUUACACCUCAGCGUAGGAGAUGUUGUCUCGGAUGUCUACCAAGGCAUUGAGCUCAAGUGGCGUUUUUGUGUUGAAAGCAAGAAGACCAAUAUGGCAAAGGUGAUCAACAACGAGAGGAAAAUCCUCAAGAUGUACUCCUACUGUAACAUGUAUCUAAAAUGGCAAUCCGUGAACCUCGAGCACCCGUCAACAUUUGACACCAUGGCUAUGAACGACGAGCUAAAGCGUUCUGUGAUGGGAGAUCUUGACCGGUUCAUUAGAAGGAAAGCUUUUUACAAAAGCGUUGGGAAACCUUGGAAAAGGGGUUACUUGCUGUACGGUCCACCUGGGACUGGGAAGACUAGCCUAGUUGCGGCCAUUGCUAACUACCUUAAGUUUGAUAUCUAUGAUCUCCAGCUUGCAAGCGUGAGGGAGGACGCUGAUCUAAGGAGAUUACUUCUCGGUACUAGGAACAGCUCCAUUCUUUUGGUAGAAGAUAUAGACUGCGCCGUGGAUUUGCACACACGGUUGCAACCAAAGACUCAAGAUGAUACUAAGGGAUCAGAAAUGUUGACGUUAUCAGGGCUCUUAAAUUGCAUAGAUGGGUUAUGGUCGAGCUGUGGAGACGAACGCAUUGUAAUCUUCACCACAAACCACAAGGAGAAGCUUGAUCCGGCAUUGCUUAGGCCAGGACGUAUGGAUAUGCAUAUUCACAUGGGACAUUGUUGUUUUGAUGUAUUCAAGACUUUGGCGUCUAAUUACUUGGGCUUGUCCCACGACGACCCUCACCAUCUUUACCCGGAAAUUGAGCGUUUGAUUAAAGGAGAAGUGUUGACUCCAGCUCAAGUUGCAGAGGAGCUAAUGAAAAAUGAGGAUCCUGAUGUGGCGCUCGAGGGGUUGGUUAAGGUUCUCCAACGGAAGAGGUCAGAGUUGGAGAAACUGGAAGAGGAGACUUGAGGCCAUGUUUGUUUAUUUAUCAUCGUAUAUUCACUUCAGAUUUUUAAGCUUCAAAGAAUUGAUCCGGAGAAUUAAAAUUCAACUGCAUAA